GAUCCUUAUGGAUUUUCUACCCUUUUGGGACACAUAAGGAUUUCUUCAAAGCUAGAUCUUUCUCCGUGUAGCUACCGACGGCUAUCCGAGCCCCCCAGGAAACCACCGGAGACGGCGGCCGGGAAACAUAGCCCCCCCGGUGCUCGAGGAGCUGUUCGGCAAGAUGGACCACGAUGGUAGCGGCACCAUUACCAAGGAGGAAGCUCAGAAGUUCUUCACCAGUUUCUCCAAGGUGAAUACGAAGGCCUUCUUCGAUGAGGUGGAUGAGGAUAGCAAUGGAUGUAUCUCGAAGGCAGAGUUCAUGGGCUUCUGGAGCCAGGUACGAGCUGCCGGCUACUCCAACGAGCAGAUCUUGGAAGAGUUAGAAGAGCUCACCUCGGGGUCUGGCUGGGUCAACUGGAAGGAUAGCAAAGAUGUGGCUGUGGACUCCAAAUCUGGUGCGCAGAAGGAGUACAAGCCAAUCACUGCGAAGCAGCCUGAAGCCGCCGGCGCCGCGGCGGAACCUGCCGCAGCCACUGAACCGGCUGAACCUGCGGCAGCCGAACCUGCGGCAGCCGAACCUGCGGCAGCCGAACCUGCGGCAGCCGAACCUGCGGCAGCCGAACCUGCGGAAGCGGCGGCGGACACAGGGGCAGAGCCGUCGGAUACGAAGAUCUCAGAUGAGUUACUGGGCAAGUUGGAGGAGAUGUUCACCAAGAUCGACUCGGAUGGUAGCAACACCAUCACCAAAGAAGAGGCGAUGAAGUUCUUCACCAGCUUUGGGAAGGUCAACGCCAAUGCCAUGUUCGCGGAGGUGGAUGACGACGGCAAUGGCCGGAUCUCCAAAGAGGAGUUCAUGGGCUUUUGGCAGCAGGUCAGAACGUCUGGGUACAGCAACGACGAGAUUGCCAUGGAGCUCGAAGAGCUGGUGAAAGGUGGUGCCUGGGUGAACUGGGAUGAUGGCAAGCAAGUGCCCGAUGACUGAGUCGUAGCGGCGCACGAGCGAAACGUGGCUUGCGGUGACCUUGGCGAAGCCAAGGACCAUCGAAACCACCUUGGAAUUGCAGGUUGGCAAACCAAGCCUUCAAGCCUUCCGCAGUGUAACAUGGUGAGUGCAGUGGGUUCUUUCAAACCCCUG